UAAAAAAUAAAAAACAGCAGCCUCUUCGGUCGCUGACGAUAAUAAGUUUUCGACUCAAUUCUCUUCUCUUUUUCGAUAUUUCUUUCGUUCGAUCGAUCGAUUCUGUACUCUCAAAUGGCGGAUCAGCUGACGGACGAUCAGAUCUCUAGAAUCCGAAGCUCAUAAGAAGCGACAAUGAAGGGGAAAGGAGGCUACGUUCCCCCUUUGUAUGUCCCUUUAGGGCAAUCUGACGUGGCCAUUGAGGAUCUUGAUUCUGAUCAGAGCAGUGUGAAAGGGGAUGGGGAUUCUUCCUCGGUUCGUCGGCUUACGGCGGCGAAGGAUCCGACGCAGUGGUCGUCGGGGAUCUGCGCUUGCUGUGAUGAUAUGCAGAGCUGCUGCAUUGGUACUGUUUGUCCAUGCUACUUGUUUGGGAAGAAUGCAGAAUUUUUAGGCUCAGGAACUUUGGCAGGAUCGUGCAUGACACAUUUCAUAUUAUGGGGUCUUCUCAAUAGUCUCUGCUGUAUGUUCAGUGGAGGAAUUCUUACAUUAGUACCAGGAUCUACAGUUGCUUGUUAUGCUUGUGGAUACCGUAGAGCACUCCGGGCAAAGUAUAACAUACAGGAGGCACCAUGCGGAGAUUUAACUACUCAUAUGUUUUGCCAUCUAUGUGCCGUUUGCCAAGAGUACAGAGAGAUCUGUGACAGGUCGGAUGGCUCCAUCUCCGUUCUUGCAUUCCCUGCUGUAACUCCACCCGCUAUCCAAACAAUGGAGUCCAACCCGGUGGAAUGAAGACGUUAAUUGAUGCAGAUCAUCGGUUAACAUUCCAUUUACAGUAUUCUUCUGUGCUGUCUUUGCUCUGUCAAUGCGCCUUAAGAGCUUCAAGAUGGAUAGUCUUCGGGAAUUGAACACAUCUGAGUUUAACCAGUUACAGCAGCUUAGCACACACGUUUUCACUAUGUAUUUAACCUAGGAUGAGUGUUUCUAUAUGUUGUACUUCUAGUUGUAAUUUGUGCUCGCGACAUUAUAGUCAAUUUCUGGAAAAAUGAUGCCAUCAUGUAUAUCAAAGUGUGUUUAAUGUUGUACUAGUUGUAGUUUGUGUUUAGGACAUCAUAGUCAUGUAAAAGUGUAGCUGAUGUUGUGUUAUGUUGAGGAUUAGAAGACUCAUUAGUGCAGUUUGCUGCUAAGUAUUUUGUCUC